AUGAGGAUCCAGUUUGCCUGUUUGUUGCUGCUUUCUACCGCCGUGCUCUCUCAGGAUGCAAAUGUCGGUUAUAGGAAUUUUAUAAACCGGCAUAUCAAUGCAGGAAUGAGUACUACCAGGUGUGACAGUGUCAUUGGAGCUAAAGGCCUCAAAGCACCCAACGGCAAUGGAUGCAGGGAGACACAUACUUUCAUCAGAGCCACCACCAACCUAGUUAAACCCAUUUGUGAUGGAGCAGGAGCGCCAUAUGGAAAUGGCUUGAGAAGAAGCCUCCAACCCUUUGAGAUUGUUGUCUGUAACCUGAAAAGCCAGGGCAGACCUCCUCACUUUAAAAAGAAAAUGUUGAUCCUAUUUUGCGCAGCUCUCGUGUUCACGGUUGGACGAUGCACAGACGACCAGUAUUUUGCAACAAAGACUGUUGCUGCUGGAGAAGAUGUGACUCUAACAUGUAGUCGCUCCAAAACUGGAGGAUUGUUAUUCUGGAAGAGAGUUGUAGCUGGAAAGUUGCCCGAAGUCUUAGGAGCGACUUACACUUUUGAUCAUCCCGCUAUUAACCAGACUCCUCACUUCACUGCAAAACAAGGGAGUGGAACAUAUGUUCUCCACAUUAAACAAACAAAGCUGAGUGAUACUGCCUUUUACUACUGUGAACAAGUACUUGAACUACAAAUAACCUUUUUGAAUGUUACUCUUCUGAUAGUCAAAGGACCUGAACUUGACAUCACUGCUGUCAUUCAAGACUUUCCACCUGAUCCAGUCCAUCCAGGAGACUCUGUGUCUCUGCAGUGUUCAGUCCUCUCUGCCUCCGAGAAUCAGACGUGUUCAGAAGGUCACAGUGUGUUCUGGUUCAGAGCUGGAUCAGAUGAAUCUCAUCCCAGUGUGAUUCGUGUUCAUAGAAACAGAGGCGAUGAAUGUGAGAGUCCUGAGGAUCGUGCUCCACAGAAAUGUGUCUACAACUUCAACAGCUUCUCUGAUGUUGGAAAAUACCACUGUGCAGUGGCAACAUGUGGGCAGAUCAUUUUUGGAGAGGAAACAAAGCAGGAGAUUAAUGAAACCGGUCUGUGGGGGUUGGAUGCUUUGCAGCGUAAUGCAGUGUUUCUGCAGUGUGCUGUCAUGGCCAUAAGUCUGGUUGUUCUGGCAGUCUUCAUUUACGCAGCCAAAAAAAGAGAGCGUGAUUCUUCCAUUGCCCUGCACACAAAUGCUGCUGCAGUGAGUGGUGAUCUGUACACACAGACUGCAGAGGAGACAGAGACUUAUUCUACUGUCAUCUUUACCAUGAUGAAAACCAGAGGUGAUGGCAAAAAGGCCAAACAAGUGGAAAGAGGAGAGAAUCGCUGCCACGGACAAGACUAUUAG